GAAGGAGCAUUGAGGAGUAGAUACCCGCUUGCCAUGGCCUGUGGGCCGGGGUAUCUUCAAGGCCUUACAUCUCCACUUUCUUCUGCCAGAUUAGAGAAUCAGCCAUAUAUUGAAGGGCCCUGGCUCCAGGCUUGCGGUCAGACCAACGUGUCCUGCAGGGUGGUGAAGGGGAAGCUGGUAGAGGUAGGCAAGUGGCCAUGGCAGGUGAGCAUCCUGUUCCUGGGCACAUACAUCUGCAGUGGCUCCCUCAUCCACCACCAGUGGGUCCUCACAGCUGCGCACUGCUUGCAGAGAUCCAAGGACCCCAGCCUGUACUCCGUGAUGGUGGGAGUCCACCAGUUCCCAGAAAACGGCACUCAACUCCCGCUCACUCGCAUGGCGAUUCAUAAGGAUUUCAGCAAUCUUGUGUCUCAGGACAUUGCCCUCCUAAAGCUCAGGGACUCCAUCUCGUGGAACCCCCUCGUCCAGCCCGUCUGCCUCCCCAACAUCAAAUUCAAGCCAUCCAUUGGAAGCAUGUGCUGGGUAAUCGGCUGGGGAACUACAGGGAAAAAAGGUUGACUCUGGCAGCUCCCUUGUCUGCCAAAUGAACAAGACCUGGAUUCAGAUAGGAGUGGUGAGCUGGAGCUUUAGCUGUGGCCGGCGCCACUUCCCAGGUAUCUACACCAGCACUGCCCGCUUCUCCCAAUGGAUCAGCACUGAGGUCGCUGACAUGAGGUUCAUCAGUAGGGCUGGCCCUGCCUUCCUGUGCCCAGUUUUCCUCACUGGCUACAUUCUGCUGGGCUCCUUGGGCUCCCUGUGGCUCCUGUGAGCAGUGUUUCAAGGACAGUCCCUCCUGGAGGCUGCUUCUCCCUCCCCUCUGUUCUACCCUCAGAAGUGGAGAUGAGAGGUUGCAUAGGAUGGCAGGGCAGAGUGAGGGGGAGGGUCUAAGAGCCCCUGUUACUUUCUGUUGUUCAAUGAAGAUGCUUUUGAACUUU